AUGGAUGUGCUGGCUGCCCUCAAUUUGGGUGAUUUAGCGAUAGCUUUCUCCAAAAUGGGAAUGUUUCCUGUCUUUGAUGUGGCUUAUUACAUCGUGUCCAUCCUCUACCUCAAGUAUGAGCCAGGCUCAGUGGAGGUUUCUCGCAGGAGUCCCGUGGCCUCGUGGCUCUGUGCCAUGCUCUAUUGCUUUGGGAGCUAUAUUCUGGCCGACAUCAUGCUGGGAAGUAGCCCCAUUGACUACUUCCAACACAACAGCCACAUUCUGCUAGCCUCUGCUGUCUGGUACCUCAUCUUCUACUGCCCACUGAACCUGUUCUACAAAUGUGUGGCUUUUCUGCCUGUCAAGUUGGUGUUGGUUGCCCUAAAGGAAGUCGUCCGCACUCGCAAGAUUGCCGCCGGCGUCCAUCACGCCCACCAUGCGUACCACCAUGGUUUCUUUAUCAUGGUCAUCGUCGGUUAUGUCAAAGGGUCUGGGGUGGCUCUCAUUUCCAACUUCGAGCAGCUGCUGCGUGGCGUGUGGAGGCCCGAGAGCAACGAGAUCCUCAACAUGUCAUUCCCUACCAAAGCCAGCCUGUAUGGAGCCAUCCUCUUCACCAUGCAGGAGGCUCACUGGCUUCCAGUGUCCAAGAGCAUGCUCAUCAUCACCUUUACCCUCUUCAUGGCCACUAGCAAGGUGUGGAUGACUGCCCGUCACUCCCACGGUUCGCCCUUCAGCCUUAUUGAGUCCUGGAUUUGUCAUCUGCUCUUCCGCUCCCCUCUGGGCGGUUCUGAAGAAGACCAUCAUCACGCUCCAGCCGCCCCAGCCCCUUCAUCGCUGAAAAGCAAAGAGGACCUGAGUGAGGGUGCUCGAAAAAGGAAAGCCAAGAAAGCCGAGUAG